AUGGGUUGCUUCUUCCGCGCGUACAUGCUGGCCAUCGCCAACGCCGUCUGCAUCGGCGGCACGGUCAUGAUCGUCUACGCGUUCGUCAACCUGGCGCGGAAGCCCCACAGCAAGGUGUCCAUCGUCGAGGCCUCCGUCUUCCUCCUCUGCUGGGUUAGCGUCACGGCCGGCGUGUACACGGCCUUCUGCGCCGACCUCUUCCAGCUGUCGGCGCUGAGUCGGUGCCUGGCCUGCAUCCCCGGGGCAAUCCGUGGCGCGGGCCGGCUUCUCUGCCUGCCGUGGCGGUGCGCGCGCGCCCGCCGAAGCGGCGGCGGCGGUGCUCUGCCGCAGUAUCUGGAUCAGACACCGAGCCACAUGCCCGUGCUGGCCCGGGAGCCGCCGGUGCAUGGCGGCGCGCGAGCGGUGACGGCGAAUGACAUCCCGGCUUACGAGCAGCCGGAGGGCGGCGGCGGGUCCGAGUGCACGAUUUGCCUCGGGGAGGUGGAGAAGGGGGACGCGGUGAAGCGGAUGCCGGUGUGCCUGCACAUGUUCCACCAGCAAUGCGUCGAUCCGUGGUUGCACGAGCACUCGACAUGCCCGGUGUGCCGGUGCAACAUCUUCGCGCCGUUGCCGGCCGAAAUGCAGAUGGUAUGA